CCAAGCCACAAAAGGUUGAUGAUGUCUUCGAAAGUCAAAGUUAUCGUCUGCCUUCUUCGUAAUGACCUGAGGCUACAUGAUAACGAGGUUUUACACUGGGCAAACAAGACAGCUGAAUAUGUGUUGCCUUUGUAUUGCUUCGAUCCUCGCCAUUUUCAAGGAACAUAUCAUUUUGAUUUCCCUAAAACUGGAGCACAUCGUGCCAAGUUCCUCUUGCAGAGCGUUGCUGACCUUCAAAAUACAUUGAAAAGCAAGGGAAGUGGUUUGGUGAUAAGGAUGGGGAAACCAGAAGAGAUUGUUCCACAGAUCAUCAAUACAGUUGGUCAGGACCAAGUUUCAUUCGUAUGCUAUCACGAGGAGGCCACUGCUGAAGAACUAGAAGUAGAGUCAAAACUGCAGAAAAGUUGUGGUGUUAAAGUUCAAAGUUUUUGGGGUCAUCCCCUCUAUCAUAGAGAUGACCUCCCAUUCAGGAUUCAACAGUUACCAGAUGUAUACACACAGUUCAGGAAGAAUGUAGAAGGUCAGGCGAGAGUGAGGAAGUCUUUGACUAUGCCAGACAAACUCCAGCCCCUACCACCUGGUGUUGAGGAGGGACAGGUGCCGUCGUUAACAGACCUUGGCUUGACGGCUGCUCCUGAGGAUCCACGUUCUGUGAUGUCAUUCCAGGGAGGAGAAACUGUUGCCCUUGACAGACUCAAUCACUAUCUGUGGCAAUCUGACAGUGUGUCUACUUAUAAAGAGACAAGGAAUGGCCUUGUAGGCUCUGACUACUCUACCAAAUUUUCUGUGUGGCUGGCCAAUGGGUGUAUUUCCCCACGUCACAUCUACUGGGAGAUUAAGAAAUAUGAGGCUGAGCGUUUAGCUAACCAGUCAACAUACUGGGUGACCUUUGAGUUGCUGUGGAGGGAUUACUUCAGAUAUGUGGCACUGAAAUAUGGAAAAAAACUGUUCAGUGAAGGGGGUAUACAAGAGAAGGCAAUUCCUUGGAAACGAGAUCGAAACCUUUUGAAGGCCUGGAUGGAAGGAAAAACUGGAGUACCAUUUGUAGACGCCAACAUGAGGGAACUGGCUGCCACUGGUUUCAUGUCGAACAGGGGCAGACAGAAUGUUGCUAGUUUUCUGACUAAAGACUUGAAACUUGACUGGAGGAUGGGAGCAGAGUGGUUUGAAUCACAACUGAUUGAUCACGAUGUGUGCAGUAACUAUGGCAACUGGUUAUACAGUGCUGGCAUUGGUAAUGAUCCUAGAGAGGAUCGCAAGUUCAACAUGAUCAAACAAGGGCUUGACUAUGAUCCUGAGAGGCUUGACUAUGAUACUGAGGUAAGUUCCACAUCAAACAGAGGCUUGACUAUGAUCCUGAG